AUGAGGAGCGCUCCAGCGUACGUCGCGCUCCCUGUGAAGCGCUGGUGGGUGCCCAUUGGCGCCGCGGGCCGGGCUGCGCGGGAGUACGCGUCUGUGUGGAGUUUCGAGCGGAGCGGCUGGCAGAACUCCGACACACGGCGCACGCGCAGCAGUCGACGCAGCGCAGUCCCCAGUCAGCUCGCGGAGGCGACGUCUUCAACAGGUGCGAACACUCCUGCGCCGACCGCUGACCACCCGUUGCAUCAGCGCGCUGGCAUCUCGCCCCUGGAUGCGGCAGUGUCCGAGAUCGCUGUGGCGUGCAGGAUGAGGCGGCGGUCGGCGAGGCCGCGCUGAGCCCGCAUGUCGACGCUGCCGCGCGCGCAUGCGCCCGGCGGCGGCGUCGGAGGCGGCAGGACC